UGUUAGUCCGGAGGAGCGGAACACGAGAUUCCUCGAAAACAGGCAAAAAUUCCCGCAAAAAUCUGGGCGGAGGCCGGGAAAAAGACAUGGCAGCCGCCAACGGCGCCUUGGGUGGCCAUUUGGACCCCUUUUCCUCGCACGGAUGGAUGGAAUUCUGCGAAUCUAAGGCACAACAAGCCGCCGUGGACUUCUCAAGAAGCUUUCGGAAGUACCUCAACGAUCAUCCCGAGUACGACACUCCCGAAGCAGGCCCCACCUUCGCCAAAAGGUUCACCCUACAUUUCCUGGAACACUUCGACGACCAGGUACAGAGAGUCUUCGUUCCCGAGAUACAGAAACCUUUCUUUGGAGAGAACGAGGAAGAAGUAACCUUGCGAUCAGUAAGUUCUUCGUCCUCAUCCAAACCUCCCAGGUCGGGUCCGGGGGCAGUCCCCGUUACAAGUUCGCAGCUGCCGCGCUCCAAAAGCGCGGAGCACGGCAGAAACUCUGUGGAGUUAGACCCGCGUUCCUUACCCCCUGUCUCCCCUAGCGCGGACGAUCUUUCCAGGAGAGCAAGCCCCCAUAAAUCUUCGAAAACCACGCUACGAAAGCGGCUAAGUUUGAAGUAUGUGAAGGGGAGCGUGAGCCGCAUGUUGCGGCGGCAGUCGUCGGACUCCGGGACAGGGUCGCCUCCCCUCCCCAGACACCCCGAGGAGCGGGCGGGGGCCAGGGGCUCCCCAAACAGAAAAACAAAGGACGGAGCCGCUGUAGGCAAACUACAACCCAAAAUAGACGUUACAGACGUCAAGAAGGAGGGAACCGUCAACCAACUGGUCGGAGAGGACUAUCACGGAAGGAACAAGUGGGAAAAAUGUCGUCUGCUGCUGGUGAAAACUCCAGGGGGGUACAUGUUGGAGUGUUACACCCCUGCCAAGUCAUCUAAGCCAAAGAAUGGCAUCUUCUGUUCGUUAAUAAAAGAGGCACGAGAGACGACCCCUCUGGAGAUACCAGACACAGAAAACACCUUUGUACUUAGAUUUUGGAGCUUCCCCAGUGAUUCUCCCCCAAGAUGGCAGGCAGAGAACAACAUGGAGUAUAUCUAUGAGUGCCAUGAUGUGGAGGACAUGCAGUCUUGGCUGGCCAACAUCAGAGAGUGCAUGAUUGGGGGCAGGGAGAGUGAGAAGCCAGCGUUCCCUUCCCCGUCCCUGCCCAGGAGUCGAGGGGGAUCCAGUACAGGGAAGCCUGCGGGACAGCAUCACCAUGGAGAAGUCACUACUGCAGUAGGAGCAGUGGGAGGUACUAAUACAGUAGAGAAACCAACAGCCUCUGUGGCCCCCAAUGCAGCUGUUCCGAGUGGUGACUCCACCCCCCUGGGACGCCACCGCCCCAGGUGCCCCCCAGGAUUCCAGCAGACUGUACAGAAGUGCCAACACACCCCCCUGUCAUGGAGAGUGGUGCAGAAACUAAAAGCUCGGUGGCUUGCCGGCCGCAGCUCACAACCGACAGAAUCCGACCACCCGCUCGCAGGCUACCCAUGGUUCCAUGGGACACUGUCGAGACUGGAGGCAGCUCAGUUAGUGCUCGCUCAGGGGCCGGUGGGUCACGGCGUCUUCCUGGUGCGACAGAGCGAGACACGGCGGGGAGAAUACGUGCUCACGUUUAACUACCAGGGCAGGGCUAAGCAUCUACGAAUGUCGCUAAACAAUGAGGGACAAUGUCGAGUGCAACACCUCUGGUUCCAAACAAUCUUCGACAUGCUGGAACACUUCCGGACGCACCCCAUCCCGCUGGAGUCCGGCGGCCCCGCCGACAUCACGUUGUCUAGUUACGUCGUCUGUGCCCCGCCUCAACCCCAACAACCUCUGUCCAACCCUCAAGUAUCCAGCAUCUCCGCCAGUCAGAGUAGUGGGAACCUGUCCACCGAGAGCGGCGAAGGCGCCAGAGGAAACCUCGUUGCAACGUUCAGCGGCUCUGUACGAUUACGCACGUCGUCGCUGGGUAGCCAGGCUAGCGACUCGUCCGACGUCCAGGCGCGUGCGGUGGAGAACCAGUAUUCCUUCGUAUAGACCGUUUCUCGUCCUAUGAUGCCUUGCAACGUUUCAGUCAGUGUCAAAUUGAGCAGAGUGACAUGAUGAUGUUGUUACCUGUGUGACGAGUACUACAAGUAUGUCCAGUCGUGGAGCAAACAUUCGAUUAUGACACGUCACUCUCAUCACUGUAUUACUGUUUGUAUGAUGUUCAAUAACAGUCUCCUAAAUUGUCUGAUAUUAGAUAUGAUGUGAAAUGUAACAAUAGUGAAGAGGGAUUUCCUAGGCUUGUAUAAGAUUUUACCUCAGAACACUAAACUUCCAGAAUCCUGUGAAAUAAUGUUGUAUAAAUUUUAUGUGAACCCAGCAGAAAUAGGAUGUUAUAUAUAGUGACUUUUUAUCCUGUUCUGGGAGCCAUUUUGUUUGUCUCUGACCUUGAAGCACUUGGAAGGAGCAAAGCAUUGUGGGACUGACAAGAUGCCAAUUAUUAAUAGAUUUACUACCAAAAUUGGUCCAAAGUGUUUCUCAGCCAGCCAACUAGAGGAAUUACUUAGAUCUAAAACAUUAUGAAACUUAAAUGCUUGACCAUAGUAGAUCUAGAUUAAGAUAAAUUUCUAAUUUUACAUUUCAUGCGUAAAUCAUUAAGUCCAUUCACAGAACUUUUCCUCAUUCCAUUGAUCAUUUUUGUGUGUAACAUUAAUCAUGUGAGUGCGAGAUGUUUUAUUUCAGCACAUAAAAACCUGAGUUGCUUCUCCCUAUAUUGUCUAUGAAAGAUUUUGUAAUAUUUUGUCUGACACAGUGAAUAGAUCAAUAGACAAAGAUAAUCAGUAUCUGAUAUUGUUCUUGACUUCCAUGUUGUCACAGUAAAGUUGGUUUUUAUCAUUCACAGAUCUCAUCAAACAAUUGUCGUUAGUAUUUUGAAUAUGAUACAAAUGAAAUGCUCAACACCUUUGUCUUGAUUUUAUAUCACUGCUUCGGAAGAGUUGAAUGUAGGAACUGGUUUUGCCAUGAAUAGCUAGGCUAGUGUUUUCACAGCAGUGUUUAGCAGAGCUGUUUAACCCUAGAAGUGUCAAGGUUCUGCUAGACUGUCCUGUUUCAUUGUGCUUCCAGUACACCAUCAAAUUUGACUGCCAUGUCCAGGGUCAUAGUUAACACACGCAAUUUAUUUUGUGGAAGAUGUCUUCUGGACACCCCAACAUUGAUGAGAGUGCAAACAAAAGGAAGAUGGACAAUAAAAAAGAUGUCUAAAAUCUAUAUGGUCACAAAGGUGGAAAUAUGAUAAGAAAUGAACAUGGCCCAUGAUUCUUUGACAGACUCGUCAGUACAUUUUCUUGCAUCCAAGUGUUGAAAUCUCAACUCUCUGAUUUUAAAAGUUUGGCAUCUUUUAAUCCGCAGUCCAGGAAAAAAGUGUCACAUGAUUUCUGACCAAUCCAAGAGCCCAACACUGGCAACAAUUUAAAGGGCAUAUCUAAAAUCAGGCAGCUUAAAUGUGUGUUGUUUGAUUGGGCUUGUUGCUCUAAAAAGUGUCUUUAUUAGAUUCGCUAACCUUGUAGUUGCCAAGCUUGCCUGUUGUUUUUUUGGUACAAAGAAAGACUUGUUCAUAUAUUUUCCAAAUCUUUUGAAUCUCAACAAAAACCAUACAAGUUUGAACUAUUUUUUUUACAGUCUGUUAAAUAUGCAUCAACAGAAAAGACAAUGUUUACAAUCUGCAAACAGGUUUGAUCCUGGAAAUACAUGAAAAAGGCUACCAAAGUUGUGACAGUCCUUCUCCAAUGCCUUUUCGUGAAAUACAUGUUGACAGGGAAAAAAGUUGCAGCAAGCUUUAUGUGGAGUAACUAAAAACAAGAAACAAUUUUAUUUUGAUUGUACAAAUACCUAAGAUAUUUUACCAAUAUAGAAAACACUGCCAGUUCUAACAUUGACAUAAGUUUUGGAAAAAAAAAGCAAAGUUGUUAGUGAUCAAAGUUGGUAGAUUAGCUCUGGCAAAGUGGAAUAAUUGAAAAUUAAACAGAUGAAGCAAGAA